UCAGAGGACGCAGCAAUGGACGCAGCCUAGAAUGUAAACAAGACGUGUGUGCGAAACAGAUCACAGACAUGAGACUGUUAUCAAGGGCGAUACAAGUUGCUGCCAUGACUCACAGAAGUCAGAGCUGCAGACACUUCUGGGGCUGGCUCAAUGCUGUUUUCAACAAAGUGGACCAUGAGAGGAUCAAAGCGGUGGGCCCAGAUCGCGCUGCUGCUGAGUGGUUGUUGAGAUGUGGAGCCAAAGUCCGGUUCCAGGGAUUUGACCGGUUCCAUCAGGACUACAACGCUCUGCCCACUGGACCUCUGGGACGGUACCGCAUCCAGGCCAUAGACGCCACAGAGUCCUGCAUAAUGCACAAAGGCUUCGAACACUUAGAUGGUCUGAAGAACUUGGAGGAGAUCCGGUUUAAAAAGUGCAUAUAUAUCGAGGAUGGCUGUCUGGAGCAGCUGAGCUCCAUAGAAAACCUGCAGAACAGUGUGUAUCUGAUGGAAGUGGUAUCCUGCGGGAAUGUCACAGACAAAGGGAUCAUCGCUCUGCACAAACUCAAAAACCUGGAGUACCUGUUUUUGAGCGAUCUUCCUGGAAUCAAAGACAAAGAGACAACUGUUCAGCGUUUAAAAACUGCUCUGCCAAAACUCGACUUAGACCUGGACUUGGUCUGAACCUGGAAUUCAGCCAUGAAGAGGCACCUUCAGAUUUCAGAAAACAAGGACACUGGAGAAACAUCAUGGGCAACUGAAUAAAUGCACUUAACACAUGGAUGACAUCUAAAACCUCUUCAGGGAUGUUUUGGAUAAGGGAACGACAUUGUAACACAGGGAGGAAUCUUAAACAAAUUAAUUUAGCAGAAU